UUCCCUUUGGAAUUGGGGCUGGAAAGGAGCUGGAGCCAGGAAUUUUCCCGUUCCCAUGGAUCCGGAUCCCGGCUGAUCCCGAGGCCAUGUCCACAGCUGGAAUUUCGGGAAUUUUGGGAUCAUUGCUCCAGCUGGAGGAAAACUUCUCCUCCUGCCUGGCCCGGAUUGACGCCCUCAUCCUCAAACCUCUGCUCCAGGCAGAGCCGCAAGAUCCAAAGGAAAAGGAGAACUUCCAGCUCUUGGUGCUCCUCAACGAUCGCUUCCAAACCCUCUGGAAUUUCACAGAGGAGAAUUCCCGGAUCCUGAGGGGGAAAUCCCAGUUGGAAAAUUCCGGUUGUAUCCAGGAUUUUUACAUCCUUUGGAAAGGAGAACUUUUCCUCAGCCUCUACAUCCAGUAUUUCGUCACCUUCGCCAACUUUGUUGUGGUCCAGGGCUUCGAGCAAGCCGCCAAGAGCAAGAGCGAGGUCUGGAAGCUGCACAAGGCGGUGCUGAAGGAAUUCCUGCGGGAUUUCACCUCGGAGAGCUCCCUGAGCCUGGCCCUGCACUCGGUGCUCCACAAACCCUUCCGGGAGCACAUCCAGAGCUACCUGCGGCUCCUCUCGCAGCUCCAGGAGCAGCUCCAGGAGGGGUCGGAGCGGGAUGUGGUGGCCGCUGUGGCGCAGGAAUUCGGGAAGCUGGAAUCCUUCAUCGGCCAGGUCCUGGAUGAAGCCGGCUUCACCAAGGAGCUCUGGAAAUCCUUGGGAUACAAAUUCACUGACAUGCUGUGUGUCCCCGAGAGGAGGCUCCUGGAGGACAGCAGGAACCUUCCCAUCGCUUCCGGCACCGCCCGCUCCGAGCGGCUCCUGCUCUUCGACGACGUCCUGGUGCUCAUCCAGGGAAACAGCUUCCAGAGUUUUGAUCUGAAGCUGGUGUGGGUGGAUGAAAACUGCGGAGAGAAAUCGGCUCCAGGAUUGUACAGCCUACGCAUCACAACCCCGGAAGAGACGUUCGUCCUCUCCACCAAGGACCCUCAGAUGAAGGCCGUGUGGCGGUGGAAGCUGGAGCAGGCCGUGCGCCAGGCGCUGAACGGGAAGCGGGAUUUCCCGCUCUGGGGCCGCAGCGGGGAAGGCAGCGAGGCCCCAUCCCGCCGCUUCUUCACCUACGUCUUCCGCAUGGAGGGACGGCUCCGCGGGGCCACCUACGAGGGCGAGUGGCUCUGGGGGAAGCCCCAUGGCAAGGGGACGCUGAAGUGGCGCGAUGGACGCAACCACGUCGGGGAUUUCCAGGAGGGCCUGGAGCACGGGUUUGGGAUCUGCCUGGUCCCGCGGCGCUCCGAGGACCGCUACGACUGCUACAAGUGCCACUGGUACCAGGGCAAGAUGAGGGGCUACGGAAUCUGUGAGUAUGGGAAUGACCUGGUCUACAAGGGCUACUUCAAGGACAACGUGCGCCAAGGGUUUGGGAUCCUGGAGAACUUCUCGGCUGAGCAUCCCUUCAAAUACACGGGACAGUGGGAAAAGGACAAAAAGAACGGAUACGGAGUCUGGGAAGACAAGGAGAGAGGGGAGAGGUACAUCGGGAUGUGGUUGGAUGACCACAGACAUGGAGAAGGCAUCGUGGUGACCCAAUCAGGGCUCUGCUACCAGAGGACAUUCCAUGCGGAUAAAAUGGUGGGCUCGGGAAUUCUGCUCCUGGAAGAUGACUCCGUCUACGAAGGGAACUUCACGGAAAAUCUGACAUUCGUUGGAAAGGGGAAGCUCUCCAUGGCCAACGGCUUCGUGCUGGAGGGGACGUUCAGCUGGCGCGGCGGCCGCGGGCUCGGCACCCACGGCGGGCUCAGUACCCACGGCGGGCUCGGCACGGCCACCGAGCCCCAGCGGCCGCGAGCCACAGCCCAGCUGGGCCUCAAGGAAUUCCCAGUGGAGAAGAGAUGGACGGGAAUCUUCGAGCAAUUCCUGGAAUUCCUCCAUUCCGGCUGCAAGGAGGAAAUGGAGGAAUCUCUCACGGGAUUCCACAUCCAAACCAGCAAGGAGCUGAGGAAAUCCCAGGAAUAUCUGUUCUGCCAGAGAGGUGCUGAGGAGAUUUCUUGGAAAAUUGAGGAGAUCCUGGAAGAGCUCGUCCAGCACCAGGAGCCGGAGUCGCUCCAGAGUUAUUUGGAGAAGGCGUUGGAAUCUUCCCUUCAUCCCUUGGGAAAGCUGCUCAGGGCUCUGACCGUGGCGUUCCAGGCAACGUAUUCCGGGAUCGGCGCCAACCGGCACCUGCUGGCCAUGGCGCAGGAGGAGGUCAAGUUCUACUCCAAGAAAAUUUGGGAAUUCUACCAGGGUUUGCUCCGGCUGGCCCUGGAGCGGAAGGGCCGCGCGCCCUCCGAGGAUGAGGAUCCCAGUCUCGGGAAGGGCUCCAGCCUGGUGCUGCCGCUGAUCCUGCCCGGAUUCUAUCCCGAGCUCUACAUGCUCUACAUGCUCCAGCACCAGCGGGAGGACGAGCUCUACUGCCAGGGAAUUGUGGAGCUCAGCCUCUUCCCAGAUAUCCAGCUCCUGGAAUUCUUGGAUGUGCAGAAGCACCUGUGGCCUCUCAAAGAUCUCACCCUCACCUCCAACCAGAGGCGUUCCCUGAUCAAGGAUAAAUGUUUCCUGUCUGCCACCGAGUGUCUGCAGAAGCUCAUCACCACGGUGGAUCCCAGGGAGAAGCUGGAGAUCCUCCGGAAGACCUACGAGGAGCUGGAGCGCACGGUGUCGCGGCUGCUGGACGCCGACUACCGGCUCCCCAUGGACGACCUCCUGCCGCUCCUCAUGUUCGUCGUAUCCCGAGCCAAGAUCCAACACCUGGGAGCUGAAAUCCAUCUGAUCCGGGAUUUGAUGGAUCCGACCAACCAGGGAGGAAUGUUGGACUUCCUGCUGACAGCACUGGAGUCAUGCUAUGAACACAUCCAGAGGAUCCGGCUCCAUCCAAAGGAAAACUCCCACAGCUCCUGAUCCAUAGGGAAAAUCCCAAAUUUGGGAAUUUUCCCAAAUUUUCCGGACCAAACCCCGCUGGAAAAAGCGGGAAUUGUAUCCCUGGCUGCCUUAAAGGGAAGAAUUCCUCCCCAGCCGAGGUUUUCCUGAUCCCAAAAACACUGGAAGGGCUGGAAUUCCCAUCUCCAAGGUUUUUUUUUUUUUGAGUUUUAUCCCCUUUUCCCGCAAAUAAUUCCCAGAAAAAAAAAUCUCCUUUUCCUGCUCGGGAUGGGUUUUCUUUUAUUUUUUGCACUGGAGAAUUCCCAGAAAAAGAAAGAAUUUCUUUGGGAAAAACCAAUUUUUAAUGGGAUUUCUCGGACUGGGAAGGAGAGCUUAUCCCAAAACUCCUAAAAAUUCUGGGAAUGAGAGGAGAUUUUUCCUGCCAUUCCUUUUCCUACUUUUCCCAACUCAGGACUUUUCCAAUUUCAUUUGGAAGCUGCUAUUCCCAAAUUUCCCAAUUUUCCCAUGCUCCAAGAUUUUUAUUUAUCCUUGGGAGACCUCAGGGGUGAUCCCACACCUUGGAUAAUCCCGUGUUUCUUUGGAAUUCUGGGGGAUUGGCAAAAAAAAAAAAAAAAAAAAGGAUUUUUCCCGGAUUUUGGGAAAUUCUGGGAAAACAAAGAGAAAUUAUGGAAUAAAAACUCCAAUCCCAGCUGGAUUCGUGCUCUGCCAACCCCAGAGGUGCUUUGUGCUCCGAGCUGGAAUUUCCCUUUGGAAAAAGAAUAUUUGGGAUAUUCCCAAUGGAUAUUUGGGAUGCUGUUCCCAGCAUCCCAAAAAAAUAAAUUAUUUUUAAAAUAAUUUAAAAAUAGCCUAAAAAAAAAUCUUAUUUUUGACAGUUUUUAUUCUGUUUUUUUUUUAUUUUUCCUGGGAUUUUUUUUUUUUUUCUUAUCCAGGAAAAUAAAACUCCCCAAACUUUUUCCAGCUGUUUUUCCCAAGUUUUCCUGAUUUUCUAAAUUAAGGAAAGUGCUCCUUGAUCUUUUCGGAAAAGAAGAAUCGGAAAUCCAACGCUUUCAAAAAUUGGGAUUUUUGUCGUUUUUCCCUUGGGAUUUCUUCAUUUUUCCCAGGAAUUUUUUGCCUUAUCCAGGUGACUCUGGGAAAACAAAACCCCCCAGGUUUUUUUCCUCCCAUUUUUCCCGAAUUUUAUAAUUUAAUGAAUAACAGAUUAAUUACAGGAAUUAAUAUAUUAAUGAGAGAAUCCCAUGGGAAGAUUGCCAGGAAUUUUUAUUUCAAUAAAACUCUUGGAAUUUUGAAGAAAUUCCAGGAUCCACGUGCUCCUUCUUCCAAUCUUCUUCGUUUUCAGGAAUUUGGGGAUUUUCUAAAUGAAGGGAAAAUGGAUCCUUGAUAUUUUUGGGAAUGAAGAAUCGGAAGUCCAAAGCUUUAAAUAAAUGGAAUUUUUGUCAUUUUUUUCCCUUGGGAUUUUUUCUUUUUUUUUUUAGUAUUUUUCUCAUUUUUCCAAGGAAUUUUUUUGCCUUAUCCAGGUGACUCUGGGAAAACAAAACCCCCCCAGGUUUUUUCCUCCCAUUUUCCCCAGAUUUUAUCCUUUAAUAAAUAACAGAUUAAUUACUGUAUUAACUAAUUAAGAAUUAAUAUAUUAACGAGAGACUCUCACUGGAAGUUUGCCAGGAAUUUUUAUUUAAAUAAAUCUCUUGGAAUUUUGAAGA